GGGUCGCAACGAGGGCCAAGUGCGCUUCGGGCUCCCGAUCCCGAAACGCAGCUUUUGCCCUUUAGACUACAGUUCCCAGCAUGUACGAGCGGCUGCGUCUCGGGGCCGACGUCCCACCGCCCCUCCACUUCGGAUCGCAGGGCUCCCAAAAUGGCGAGUGAGGCUGCGGAGACUCGCUGAGCAGCGGAGGGGAGCGUGCAGAGCCGCUGCGGCCCUCACAGUCCGGAGCCCGGCAGGGCCCUGCAGUAGGGAACAUGCACUUUUCCAUUCCCGAAACCGAGUCCCGCAGCGGGGACAGCGGCGGCUCCGCCUACGUGGCCUAUAACAUACACGUGAAUGGAGUCCUGCACUGUCGGGUGCGCUACAGCCAGCUCCUGGGGCUGCACGAGCAGCUUCGGAAGGAGUAUGGGGCCAAUGUGCUUCCUGCAUUCCCCCCAAAGAAGCUUUUCUCUCUGACUCCUGCUGAGGUAGAACAGAGGAGAGAGCAGUUAGAGAAGUACAUGCAAGCUGUUCGGCAAGACCCAUUGCUUGGGAGCAGCGAGACCUUCAACAGUUUCCUGCGUCGGGCACAACAGGAGACACAGCAGGUCCCCACAGAGGAGGUAUCCUUGGAAGUGCUGCUCAGCAACGGGCAGAAAGUUCUGGUCAAUGUGCUAACUUCAGAUCAAACUGAGGAUGUCCUGGAGGCUGUAGCUGCAAAGCUGGAUCUUCCAGAUGACCUGAUUGGAUACUUUAGUCUAUUCUUAGUUCGAGAAAAAGAGGAUGGAGCCUUUUCUUUUGUACGGAAGUUGCAAGAGUUUGAGCUGCCUUAUGUGUCUGUUACCAGUCUUCGGAGUCAAGAGUAUAAGAUUGUGCUCAGGAAGAGUUAUUGGGACUCUGCCUAUGAUGACGAUGUCAUGGAGAACCGGGUUGGCCUGAACCUGCUUUAUGCUCAGACAGUAUCAGAUAUUGAGCGUGGGUGGAUCUUGGUCACCAAGGAACAGCACCGGCAACUCAAAUCUCUGCAAGAGAAAGUCUCCAAGAAGGAGUUCCUGAGGCUGGCCCAGACGCUGCGGCACUAUGGCUACCUACGCUUUGAUGCCUGUGUGGCUGACUUCCCAGAGAAGGACUGUCCUGUGGUGGUGAGCGCAGGUAACAGUGAGCUCAGCCUCCAGCUCCGUCUGCCUGGCCAGCAACUCCGAGAAGGGUCCUUCCGGGUCACCCGCAUGCGAUGCUGGCGUGUCACCUCCUCCGUGCCAUUGCCCAGUGGAGGCACAAGUAGCCCAGGCCGGGGCCGGGGUGAGGUGCGUCUGGAACUGGCUUUUGAAUACCUCAUGAGCAAGGACCGGCUACAGUGGGUCACCAUCACUAGCCCCCAGGCUAUCAUGAUGAGCAUCUGCUUGCAGUCCAUGGUGGAUGAGCUGAUGGUGAAGAAAUCUGGUGGCAGUAUCAGGAAGAUGCUGCGCCGGCGGGUGGGGGGCACUCUGAGACGUUCAGACAGCCAGCAAGCAGUGAAGUCCCCACCACUGCUUGAGUCACCUGAUGCCACCCGGGAGUCUAUGGUCAAACUCUCAAGUAAGCUGAGUGCCGUGAGCUUGCGGGGAAUUGGCAGUCCCAGCACAGAUGCCAGUGCCAGUGAUGUCCACGGCAAUUUUGCCUUCGAGGGCAUUGGAGAUGAGGAUCUGUAAUCUCCACUGCUUGGAUGUCUGCCCUCUACCCCAGAGGAAUUGAAAUUUGCCCUGUGCCUGUGUCCCCCCAGCUCAUGGGGGAGGAGGGUCUUUUCCUUCCCCACCUUCCUACUUUCUGCUUUUCUCUUGGCCAGGGCCUCAUAACCUACCUUUCCUUUUUCCCUGGGCUGGCUGCACAAGGGAUCGCCCCUUCUCUUUUCAGAGCUGGCCCUCGAUGCCAAAUUAGCAUUUAGUAUUUUGCACAAAGUCCAAGGGACCAUGGCUACCUGCCUUGGGGAGGAACCACAGCUCCCCAUGAGCCACUUCUGGCUUCUUGGGGCCAUGGGCAAUAGGCCAAGGGGAUGGGCAGAGGUGUGUGUUUGGUGUGGCCCAGUUCCCCAUCAUUAAACUCAGCCUGAUUGCUGCCUA